AUGGCAAAACGCCGCGGUCUGCUUCACCACGCCGUCAAGGCAGUCAAGCAGCAGCAGAAGACGGCAAAGGCCGGCUCCGGGUCCAAGUCCACUCCCGCUUCGAAGCCGGCGACGAGACCCGGGUCCGGCCCGCCAGCAUCAAAAAGGCAAAAGACAGGCAACAGCAAUCAACAUCGACAGCAAAACCAAAAGCCGAUUAUCCCUUUCCAACCUGACGACACUAUCCUCCUCGUCGGCGAAGGCGACCUCUCGUUCGCCGCAUCCCUCAUAACCCACCAUCGCUGCACCAACGUAACCGCCACGGUCCUCGAGAAGAGCUUCGACGAGCUCUCGGACAAAUACCCGCACGUGUCCUCCAACAUCGCCGCCAUCGAACAAUGCCCCACUGCGCGCCUGCUCUACGGCAUCGACGCCCGCAAACUUCCCCCGUUCACCACCAAAUCCUCCAAACCACCCACAUCAGCCGCAAAGAUCAUGACAACAACAACAACAGGCGCCAUGAAACGCAUAAUAUUCAACUUCCCCCACACCGGCGGCAAGUCAACGGACGUCAACCGCCAAGUGCGCCACAACCAAGAGCUUCUCGUCGACUUCUUCCGCCGCGCCCAGCUCUCCCUCUGCCCCAACGGCACCAUCAUCGUCACGCUGUUCGAGGGCGAACCCUACACGUUGUGGAACAUACGUGACCUGGCGCGGCAUGCGGGCCUGCAGGUGGAGACCAGUUUCCGGUUCGUCGCCGGCGUGUACCCGGGUUAUCAGCAUGCGCGGACGUUAGGGGUGGUGAAGAACAGAAAGGGGCAGGCUGCGCGGGGCGCGUGGAGGGGCGAGGAGAGGGAGGCGAGGAGUUAUGUUUUUGUUAGGAAAGGGGAG